UUUCUUGAACGAUACCAACAUGAGCGGAAGAGGAAAAGGAGGCAAAGGUCUCGGUAAAGGAGGCGCCAAGCGGCACCGUAAAGUUCUCCGCGAUAACAUCCAGGGAAUCACCAAGCCCGCUAUCCGCCGUCUGGCUCGCCGCGGGGGAGUCAAGCGGAUUUCCGGUCUCAUCUACGAGGAGACCCGCGGUGUGCUCAAGGUCUUCCUGGAGAACGUCAUCCGUGACGCCGUCACGUACACCGAGCACGCCAAGAGGAAGACCGUCACCGCCAUGGACGUGGUGUACGCUCUGAAGAGGCAGGGCCGCACUCUGUACGGCUUCGGGGGUCAGCACCGCCUGGAUGUUGGGCAGCACUCCACCCUGAGCGAUGGUGACUCCACCCAGCAGCUUGUUGAGCUCCUCGUCGUUGCGGACGGCCAGCUGCAGGUGACGGGGGAUGAUGCGGGUCUUCUUGUUGUCGCGGGCGGCGUUCCCAGCCAGCUCCAGGAUCUCAGCGGUCAGAUACUCGAGCACAGCGGCCAGGUAGACGGGGGCUCCGGCACCGACCCGCUCUCCGUAGUUGCCUUUGCGCAGCAGCCUGUGAACGCGGCCCACCGGGAACUGGAGUCCGGCUCUAGAGGAGCGGGUCUUGGCCUUCGCUCUGGCUUUUCCUCCGGUCUUUCCGCGGCCACUCAUUUCGUUGUUUCUUGUUUCUGGAGACGAGACUCGAGAAAAUGUGACCAGCAGCGGCUGAAAGCUGCUUUAUAUGUCCGCGGAGAGGAGCGGGACGAUGCUGGCGACCAACCAGAAAAGCUCCCGGCAGAGCGGGACGGAGAGGCGGACUUUUUGAACGCAGCUUCCUCCAAUGAGCGGCGGACAUUAAGCCGGGAGCGGAGCCUCGGCGGUUCGCGACAUUUCUCUCCUGAUCCCGAGCAGAGAAGCAGAAUCAUGGCCAGAACCAAGCAGACCGCCCGUAAAUCCACCGGAGGCAAAGCCCCCAGGAAGCAGCUGGCCACCAAGGCAGCCAGGAAGAGCGCUCCGGCUACCGGCGGCGUGAAGAAGCCUCACCGCUACAGGCCCGGUACCGUGGCUUUGAGGGAGAUCCGUCGCUACCAGAAGUCGACGGAGCUGCUGAUCCGCAAGCUGCCCUUCCAGCGUCUGGUCCGAGAGAUCGCUCAGGACUUCAAGACCGACCUGCGCUUCCAGAGCUCCGCCGUCAUGGCUCUGCAGGAGGCCAGCGAGGCCUACCUGGUGGGUCUGUUCGAGGACACCAACCUGUGCGCCAUCCACGCCAAGAGGGUCACCAUCAUGCCCAAAGACAUCCAGCUGGCCCGCCGCAUCCGCGGAGAGAGAGCUUAGAGGCUGCAGCUCCAACAAACACACAACGGCUCUUUUAAGAGCCACACACACCCAGUUUAACAGCUCUUCCUGUUGCAUCUUAAACUUUCCUGCUUUAUACAGACAAAUCUGGAGAAUUGUUUUUCUGUUCAUACAGAUCUACACUUUUUUCUAAAUAAAAUAAGCUGUUGUAUCUUA